AAAAGCAUGUUGAGAAAAUGGCAGUAAGGACACAGAAGGUGCUAAUUCUACUUCAUCGUGAGGAUGGCCCACCUCCAUCAGGCACUGUACAGUGGCUCAACAUGCGAUCAUGGUGUCAGUCUCAUCACCACAUCCGAGCACGAAAGCGUAUGUUUCAGAAGAGGCCUCCUGCAAAAAUUAUUGAGUACUACACAGAAAAAGUCUUCACAACUCCUCCUAAUGUUCACAGUGAUUUUUCACGUCUUGCUCGAGUUUUGACAGGCACUACUGUGGGGCUUGUCCUUGGUGGUGGAGGAGCAAGAGGAGCAGCACACAUUGGCAUGAUUAAGGCUAUAAGGGAAGUGGGCAUUCCUAUAGAUAUGGUAGCAGGAGUGAGUAUUGGUGCAUUUAUUGGUGCACUUUAUUGCUUGGAGAAGGAUAUUACACGUCUCACGCAGAAGGCUCGUGAAUGGAGUAUGGUAAGUGUGGCAGUAUUUGACCAACUGUUGUCACCCACAUAGUUCUAGGUUAUUGAUGCUAGUUUCACUCAGAGAUCCAAGUCUGAAUCACUACACCCUUAAAUAUGCUGUUUAACCCUUUG